AUGGGGCUAUACCCUAAAAUACUGUUGCCGGUAGUGGGUAAUCGGGUGUUGAUCUUUGACCUAGAAGAAGUUAAAAGAUUGAGAAAAUUGGGGAUUUGUGGUGUCUUAAGUGGGACAUUAUCUGCCGCUCCACAACAAAAUGUAUUCUUGGGUUUACCAUUAGAACUUAGUUUUGAGGAUACUAUAUGGCUUGUAGAGAAGGGACAUGGGGUGUUGGUGGAUAGUGUGAAAUAUCACACUCUUUCUAUGGACUCUAUUUCGUUAAAGGAGUGGAAUGGUGCCCAGAAAGUAGCUGUUGCCGAUGAAAAUCAUGAUGCGAUUUUGAUUCGGAAAUUAGAAGCACUCAAUCUUUCUAAAGAUCAAUUGGAGGCAAGAAAGGAACAAUUGAAAUUGGCAAACAAGGAAAACAAUUUCAUCCAGAUCCCAAAUACAACCGCAGCAUUAGCACCGGAAAAAUUACAUGAAGUGAUCAUUCUGUUGGAUGAGUUUAUUCAACUGAAGUCCAAAUCAAAUGAACAACUUCGUAAAGAAAUUAUAAACUACCAUGUCUAUAGAACAGUCAAGGACCAGGGAUACUACUUGUUACCAGGCUUGAGGUUUGGGGGGAAGUUCAUUGGAUAUCCAAAUGAUCCAUUGAGAUAUCAUGCCCAUUACAUCAUCAAACAUGCAGAGGAUUUUGAUUUAUUGGAUUUGGUGACUGGUGGUAGACUUGCCACUGGGGUGAAGAAAGUGUGGGUAUUAGUAGGUGAUACUCUGGGGGAAAGCAAAGAAAUGACAAACGAUCAGGAACCUACGGUAGAAGACUUUACAAAGGAAUCUAAACAACAAUGCUUUUCUAUUGAAUGGGCAGGAUUUGGUUAA